CGAUCAGAGUUACAAAUUGCUCCGCUAUUGGUUGUAGGGUUUACUGUUGUAAGAUGGCGACCCUGCGAAAUAUGAGUUGUUAGAAGAAAAAGAACAAAACUACAGCUAUCUAUCUAACGAAAAAUAAAGAAAAGUAAAGAAUAAAGCAACCAUAGGGAGACGUCAGAGGCACUUCUCGUUGGAAGAGGAGCGACUCGAGACUCGGCCAAUUUGAAGAAGAGAGAAGAAGACACUGUCAGCAGCAAUGAACAACUCCCUGGAUGGCACAGGCUCCUAUGAGGAGCUUGUGAGGCAGAAAGCUCGGAGCAUCCCUCAGCAUCGUAUGAAGGAGUUCUUGGAGUCCCUGGCCAGCAAGGGCGCAGAUGCCCUGCAGGAGUUCGGCCAGCAAGUCGGAGAUAACACGACCACCACCACCACUAUGGUCUACCAACAAGAGGCUAACUGCAUCUACACAGACAGCACAGAGGUGGCAGGGUCAUUGUUGGAGCUGGCUUGUCCGGUUCAGGUGCAGGUCCAGCCGCAGCAGCAACAGAUACAGAUACAGGAGUCUCAGCAGCAGUCUGUACAACAAGAGCAACAGAUAGUGCAGGUGCAGAUCCAGGGCCAGCAGCACGGUCAGAUGCUAGGUCAGGUCCUCCAAGUGCCCUCUGGCUCCCAUCAACAGCUUCAAGGUGUGACUACUGCACAGCUGAUUCAGCCUGGGGAACUCACCGAGGAGCAGCAUCAACAGCUGCAAGCCCAGUUGGUGGCAGCCGUUGCAGGAGGACAACAGAUCCAAAUCCAGACAGUGGGGGCCCUCUCUCCCACCCAGCAGCAGGACAAUAUUGAGAGGAGGGUACUGGGAACCACUGUUGCCACAUCACAGGGAGCAGGUGUCCUCCAGCCAGCCAAGAAGCGCAAGGUUGACAUGCCCAUCACUGUUUCCUAUGCCCUGCCUGGUCAGCAAGUGGCCACAGUCCUGGCUAUCCCUCAGGGACAGGGCCAGCAGCAAAGUUACGUCUCCCUGCGGCCGGACCUCCUAACUGUGGACAGCUCCCACCUUUACAGUGCUACAGGCACUAUCACCAGUCCCACAGGGGAGACCUGGACAAUCCCUGUUUAUUCUGCUCCUGCUGGUUCCGGAGGCCGCGAGCAGGUCACCCACAUUGCCAUCCCCCAGGAGGCCUAUGGAACAGUGCAGGUUGCGGGGCCAAACACUACAACAAUGACUACAAUGCCAACACAAGUUACUAUUGAAAAUGACAAGCUGAAAAGUCAAAGUCAGACAGCACAGGCUGUUUCCAGCAUAACAAGCUCUGGGGUAAUGGGAGGCCAGGAAGAAGUGGUGCACACACUGGCUGCAAACACGCUGUUCCCAGCCCAGCUGAUGAAUGGAAACAUCCACAUCCCAGUGGCAGUACAGGGCUACCCCAACGCUACACAGUCCCUUAUCUGGGAUCCACAGCAGCAGGUGCUGCACACACAGGGGCUAUCAGGGCAGGACAUACAGCAGCUGCAGGGUCACACAGUGGUAGCAGAGAUAGAUGGCCAAGGCCAGCAACAGGUGCAAGUGCAGGAGCUUCUGCUUCCUGCCACUCUGAAGCCAGAGGAGGGUCUGGAAGUGUGGCGGCUUUGGGCUCAGCGGAAAAACGCAGAGUUGGAAAAAUCAGACAAAAAUAAACUUGCCCCAAUUGGCCGACGCCAGGCACUGCGUUUCCAGGAGGACUUGGUGUCGUGUGCAGUAGCUGAGCUCUGCAUGGGUCUUUCUUUGAUGACAACAGAGGCUCGGGGGUUGGAAGAGGAGUCUUAUGAGGCUGAUGUUCUCUACUAUGUAUUUCUGUGCAUACAAAAAUAUCUGUUUGAUAACGGUCGAGUGGACGACGUUUUCUCAGAUCAGUACUACACUCGCUUCGCUCACAGUCUGCACCAGAUCAUGGAGCCUUGGGGACCAUCUAUUCAUCCGCUAGGUUAUAUAAUCCCCAGUCAUGUGACGGAGGAGAUGCUGUGGGAAUGUAAACAGCUGGGAGCUCAUUCUCCCUCGACGCUGCUCACAACUCUAAUGUUCUUCAAUACCAAGUAUUUCCACCUGAAGACAGUGGAGCAGCAUCUAAAAGUGGCCUUUUCUAAGGUGCUGAGACACACCAGGAAGAGUCCCAACAACCCCAAAGACAAGAGCACCAGCAUCCGAUACCUAAAGGCAACAGAGAGGUUCAUAGGACAGAAAGUCACAGAUGACAUGUACUCCGAGCAGCUGGAGGACCCAGAGAACCCGCUGCGAUGUCCCAUCAAGCUCUACGAUUUCUACCUCUUCAAAUGUCCGCAGAGCGCUAAAGGUCGCAAUGACACCUUCUACCUGACUCCUGAGCCCGUGGUGGCUCCCAACAGCCCCAUCUGGUACUCGACUCAACCAAUCCCGAAAGAACAUCUGGAGCAGAUGCUCGCCCGCAUCCUCGCCAUCCGCGAAAUCCAGGAAGCCAUUAACAUGUCGGAGAGCGUGCACUAGUUGGACCGGAGGACAAUAAUCAAUGGACUAGACUUUUCCUCUUUCUCUUCACCAAGCCUUUGAUUGCUCAUUAUCAGUAGUUUUCUGUUCUCUCACACCCUCUUGUGGUCUUAAAGGGUGGCAUGUAUAUGUUUAUAUUCAUUAUGUGUCAGCAUAUUUUACAUUCACGGACUGUACAUACAACCAUUACAGCUAAGAAUUUGUCUUAUUGAGGCAAUCUCUCAACCUUUUUUUUGUUUGGCCAAAGGAUGUAGUGUCUAAAUUUGUAUUGGACCUGAACUCUAAUUUAAAUGUUAUUUUAACUGUUGGUUCUCCCUACCAAUAGUCCCUUCCACAUUUAGUUUUAAUCUGUAAUAUAUAUCAUAUAUAUUUUCACUGGGGUUGGCCUGCGCUAUGCUGCUCUUCACAGACAUCCCUCUUUGUUGCUCUACUUCCCCUCAUCUGCCUUGGUCACUGUUUAGUGUCACAGUGAAUACCUCAGUGGUAUUAAGACUGCAUUAAGUAGCCAAACAUAGGCUAAAAGCUAAUAUUCAAGUUGUGUGAAUCCUCCCUUUUUGUUUGUGUUUCACUCGUUUGUCUUCACACACCGAACUUUGGAGAUGACUCGCUUGCUUGCUUGUUUGCUGUUGGACCAGCUCAGCAGCAUCGAAUCACAUCAGGACACAGAUUUCAUUGCAAUACAGUGUCGAACUCGCCCUGCAGCUACUAGCACUUGCCACACGGUGGAGACGUGGCAGAGGGAGGGCGAAGGAUGCUGACUGCUGCUGGAUCCUCCGUUCUCUCUCCUGUUGUCCAUCACAAACUCCAAAACUCACCCGAAGAGGGUUCUAUUGUAUCAUACAUGUUUAUUACAUGACAAAUGAAAGACUCUAAGAAGUGGGUAAGCCCUUUUAUGUUCUAUAAUGUAUAAUACUCAUAGCUCCUUCAUGUACUGUAUUGGGUUUCAGUCAUCUAAGGAGAAUGGCAGUGCCUGUGUGUUUUUGAAACAUGACCUUUUUUGUACAGCCA